CAUUUUGUCACGCCGAAAGGCAUUCGUCCCUUAGCGGACAAGAUCCAAGCCAUCGUGGAUUGGCCGGAACCCCGUUGCACGACGGAUGUACGCUCUUUCAUGGGUUUGGCUGGAUAUUAUCAGCGAUUCGUCGAGUCAUACUCGAAAGUGGCYGCUCCUUUGUCGAGACUUCAGUCCCCGAAGGUGCCCUUCGAGUUCGACGACGCAGCCCGUGGCGCGUUCACUACGUUGAAGGCAACGAUGCAAGCCGCACCUGCCCUCCGUAUAUAYGACCCCACCCUACCCACCCAAGUGACUACGGACGCUUCGGGAUACGGUAUUGGUGCGGUGUUGGAACARUGUCACGAGGACGGUUGGCAUCCGGUCGAGUAUUUCUCCCAAAAGGUGCCUCUCGUCAACACUCUCGACGAUGCUAAGAAGAAAGAGUUACUCGCGUUCGUCACCGUUCUCAAACGGUGGCGCCACUUCCUUCCUGGUCGUCGACAUUUUAAAUGGAAUAUGGACAACAAUCAGUUGAUCUUUUACAAAACGCAGGACGCGGUCACUAGCACGAUCGGUCGAUGGAUGUAUUACAUCGACCAGUUCGAUUUUGACCCGUGCCACAUUCCCGGUCUCGCCAAUCGAGCUGCGGACGCCCUCUCACGACGACCCGAUUUUUGUGCCAUUGUGACCACGGCAUUCGACCUCGAUGACGAUCUGCAGCCGCAUUUCGUCAAAGGCUACAAGUCUGAUCCGACUUACUCUAUGCUUUACGCGGAGCUUUCAUCGGAUCAUCCGCCGGCUAGCCACUAUCGGAUUUCCGACGGGUUCCUUCUCCUUCACACGAGAGGAAAGGACUUGUUAGUUGUGCCCCAAGAUCGCAUCUUACGGACUCUUUGCCACCGUAACAAGGGUCGAUCUCGAGUCCCCUUCGGCGAACUUAAACCGUUGCCGAUUCCUCGAGCACCGCGCCUCUCCAUUGCUAUGGACGUGAUAGGCCCGUUCCCCUGCGAUCGCCACGACCAUGACGGUAUUCUCACGGUCGUUGACCGUUUGAGCAAGUAUGCUCGCUUCCUUCCUUACAAGUAUCAUGCUGCAGCGCCUGAGCUCGCACGACUCUUGCACACCGGUUGGAUUACCAACCAAGGUGUUCCGGAAGACAUAGUGAGCGACCGAGACACUCGUUUCAUGUCAGCCUUUUGGACUUCUCUCAUGACUGAGUCCGGCACGACAAUGAAGCCGAGCUCGGCUAGGCACCCGCAGACGGAUGGUCAGACGGAGCGAGCGCACCAGACCGCUCAGAUGAUGUUGCGUACGCUCAUCCGUCCCGACCAGAAAGAUUGGGUUGACCGGCUUCCCGACAUCGAGUUCGCCUACGACACUUCGGUGCACCCGGCGAUCUGCGUCACACCAUUCGAGCUACAUCAUGGUGGAGAGAAAGCACGGAUCUUCGCUGAUCUCCUUUUGCCACAGGCUGCCGACAUAGACGUCCCUUGCUCUCCCGCUUCCGUUCGGAAGUACCGGGACUUGCUGAUCAAAGCCCGCGCGAAUAUGCAAAAGGCUCAGGUCCGCAUGCAGCAGCAGGCUAACCGACGUCGACUUCCAUGUCCUUUCCGCGAGGGAGACCUUGUUUGGGUCCUCUCCGAGGAAUUUGCUCUCGAGCAAGACGUUUCGCGCAAACUCCUUCCGAAAUGGUUCGGACCAUGGGAAGUCACUUCUGUCGUUGGAGACGACCCCGCAGGUCCUUCCUUUGUGGUCAACAUUCCUCCGCACCUUCCAGUGCACCGGGUCUUCCACGCGUCGAAGCUGGCCAUCUACACGCCACCUUCCGCCGACGAGUUUCCCGGUCGUCGAUCACAGGAUCCGCCUUCUAUGGACAGACAUCAGGAAGGCGACCGAGUCAUCACGCACCGCAAGUAUGGCAACAAGCCAAUGUAGUUCAAAGUCACAUUCAAGCAAUCAUGUGCGCCUGAUGACACUCGGUGGAUCUUAAGUACAGAUUUGCAGACUUCUGCACCCCUUAUCUUCGCCGACUAUGAGAAGCGACGCCUUGCUAAGGAAGCAGCUCGUCCCGCCCGACCCACCCCGGUAUCGGACAGACAACUCCGCCCUCGCAGGUAGCUCGGUCUUUUAAGAGAGGGAGUGUGUUACAUCUUCGACGCCACGUGGGUCCUACCG